AUGUCGCUAGUACUGCUGAGCCAAGCCGCGCUGUGCUGCGGUGCCAUGCCGCCGGAGCCGACGAUUCAGUGUGGCUCUGAACCCGGACCAUCUCCAGAAUGGAUGGUCUGACACACCCUGACCCCAGGAGACUUGAGGGAUCUCCGAGUGGAGCCUAUUAAAAGCAGUGUUGUGCUGGAGGACUAUUCAAUUUUGAUGAACAUAAGCUGGAUACUCCGGGCAGAUGCCAGCAUCUGCUUGUUGAAAGCCACCAAGAUCUGCGUGACGGGCAAAAGCCACUUCCAGUCCUUCAACUGCAUCAGGUGCAAUUACACUGAGGCCUUUCAGACUCAGACCAGACCCUCAGGUGGCAAAUGGACUGCAAUGCAAUUUUCCUACAUUGGCUUUCCUGUAGAGCUGAACACAGUCUAUUUCACUGGGCCCAAUGCAAAUAUGAAUGAAGACAGCCCCUCCCUGGCUGUGAACUUCACCUCACCAGCCGUCAACAACCCCGAGUUAAUUCUUGAUUUUUGUCUCACUCACCCGCACCAGAAGGAACUAACUCGAACUUCCGUGGUGGUUCAAGCGACUGGGGAAAGUGAAGGUGCUGUGGUCCAACUGACUCCGUAUUUCCGUACCUGUGCUUCAUUUAUGAGAUCAAGAUCCGUGACCAAGCAGGAUAUACACAAGAAGGGAAACAAAAUCAACGGUGCAAAAUUGAUGUUCAGAGUGCCAAGUGUGCUGGGUGGAUGGCUGCCCCUCCUCCUCUUGGCUCUGCUGGUGGCCACGUGGGUGCUGGCGGUUGGGAUCUAUCUGACCUGGAGGCAAGAAAGGAUCAAGAAGACUUCCUUCUCUACUACCACACUACUGCCCCCCAUUAAGGUUCUUGUGGUUUACCCAUCUGAAGUAUGUUUCCAUCACACAGUUUGCUACUUCACUGAAUUUCUUCAAAACCACUGCAGAAGUGAAGUCAUCCUUGAAAAAUGGCAGAAAAAGAAAAUAGCCGAGAUGGGUCCCGUGCAGUGGCUUACCACUCAGAAGAAAGCCACGGAUAAGGUCAUUUUCCUUCUUUCCAGUGAUAACACCACGUGUGAUGGUACCUGGCAAGGGGGGGGCAGCCCCUGUGAGAACUCCCAAGACCUGUUCCCCCUCGCCUUUAACCUCUUCUGCAGCGAUCUGAGAAGCCAGACUCAUCUGCACAAAUACGUGGUGGUCUAUUUCAGAGAGGAUGAUACCAAAGACAACGACACUGGGCUCAGUGUCUGCCCCACAUACCGCCUCAUGAAGGAUGCUACGGCUUUCUGCACAGAGCUUCUCCAUGCCAAACAACGUGUGUCGAUGGGGAGAAGGGUGCACGCCUGCCACUACAGCUGCUCCUCCCUGUAG